ACUCAAUAGAAACAGUUUUCCUAUUUACGUCUUAAGCUAUAACCAACCUUAUCUCGUUGGAUAUAAGUUUACUAUUAAACGAUUAAGUUAUCGUAAUAUUUUAGUAAGAAGCGACACCAUUCUUUAAAAAUACUAUAAUUCUGUUGCACGAUAGAAAUGUUUAUUGUAACAGAUUUUUAAGAUUGUUACUAUAACUAGAUAAUAAAUAGUUUUAGUACUAUAUUAAGUCUAUAAUAAUGACGCAGCAGCUAAUAAAUGAGAAUAGCAAAUAUAUUUUAGAUUUAUUUUCGGAACAAACAGUGGACCAACAGAGCUUGGACUCAAUAUGUGCUCAAGUACAAAAGCGGUUCCCAAAAACAGAGCAUUUUAAUUUAUGUCUCCUCCUAUCAUCCCUCAUCACGGGUGGGGACCUGUCCCUCCCCGGCCAGCGUGUAGUCGCCCUAGCCCUGCUCCACGACAUAUACAAAGUGGACAGCCCCUUCAGCCCACUGUUCGUGCAUUUGCUGGAGUCUAAGCCUGGCCUGACGCCACUCAGUCCGCAGGAGAGGCUCUUUAUUGGACAACUGCAUGGGUUCACUAGCGGUAAUGUCAGAGAUGUUAUGAAGAAGACAGCAAAGCAAGUAAUAAUGACAGAAGUAAACGCGAAAGACCUAGAGUUCGACCUGUCGCCGCUCCAGUCGCUUGUGGCGGAGCGGUUAGCGGAUAUCAGCUCGACGGCGAGGGCAUCCGCUCCCGCCCUCAUUCCGCUGUCAGACGGAAGUCCUCCAAACCGGAUAGCAAUGAAGGAGCUGAUCGAAGCUCUGAUGGCGACGGAUUACCUCCCCCUCCACGGAACCCUGCAGGCCAGGGGACCGAUCCCGCCGCCUGCUUUCCUGUUGGACGAGAUACCCUUCUCUGACGAGGUAGUAUGGAAGAAUCUGGUGAAUCGUGGCGCACACAUACCUAUGUUCGACAGUACCCAAGACGGGCUGAUAGGCCUGCGACCCGCCAAGGCCAAGGAUCAGCCCAAGCCUAAGCAAGAAGAAAAGAAAGAAAAGCCAGAAGAGAAGAAAGAAGACGGCAAAGAAAGCCCCGUUUCCGAAGCCAAGCAGCUGACCCAGAUGGCGCUCCGCGGUGCGCUCAGUGUGUCCCAGCAACAAAGACUGCUGGCCCUAUUAGAUCACGAACCUAACGUUGUUUAUGAGAUAGGAGUCACGCCUUACCAGUUACCAGAGCUAGUGGAGAAUAACCCCAUGGUGGCCAUCUCCGUGCUUCUAAAGCUGAUCCACUCGCAGCAGAUCACCGAAUACUUCAGUGUGCUCGUCAACAUGGAAAUGUCACUACAUUCAAUGGAAGUUGUUAAUAGGUUAACAACAUCCGUAGACUUACCAGUCGAAUUCGUCCACCUCUACAUAAGCAACUGCAUAUCAACGUGCGAGACUAUACGCGACCGGUACAUGCAGAACCGACUGGUACGACUGGUGUGCGUGUUCCUGCAGUCGCUUAUACGAAAUAAGAUCAUCAAUGUUAAGGAGCUGUUCAUCGAAGUGGAAGCGUUCUGCGUAGAGUUCAGCCGCAUCCGCGAGGCGGCAGCGCUCUUCCGGCUGCUAAAGCAACUCGACUCCGGCGACGCCGCUCAUAAAGAUGCCAAGGAGACUUAGACCUUAUGCGAAGGUGUUAGGAUACAAUUUAAUUCGAGAAUUGUUGCUUAGGCCUUGGUCUAUGCUGCGUUCAUCUCGUAAGGCGCACCAUACAGUUCUCUUUUUAGGGUUCCGUACCCAAAGGGUAAAACGGGACCCUAUUACUAAGACUCCGCUGUCCGUCCGUCCGUCCGUCCGUCUGUCACCAGGCUGUAUCUCACGAACCGUGAUAGCUAGACAGUUAAAAUUUUCACAGAUGAUGUAUUUCUGUUGCCGCUAUAACAACAAAUACUAAAACAGAAUAAAAUAAAGAUUUAAGUGGGGCUCCCAUACAACAAACGUGAUUUUUGCCCGAAGUUAAGCAACGUCGGGCGCGGUCAGUACUUGGAUGGGUGACCGUUUUUUUUUACCGUUUUUUGCAUUAUGGUACGGAACCCUUCGUGCGCGAGUCCGACUUGCACUUGCCCGUUUUUUUUAAUUUGAACCUUGUUUUAUCCUCCUAAGGCCCAAGGUCCUACCUAUAGUACUUAUUCAGUUCGAUGUAAUUUAAAUCAUAUUCAAUUGGAACAGAGUCGCAUUUGUUUUGUUUCGUUCAAUUUUCAAACAUAACCAAAAUCAACUCUAUUCCCUGCACUAAAGGUUCAAACUUCAGUGGCAAAUUCUGGAUUUUUCAUUUGUAUGGUGCCUUAGGAGGCUAUAAGUAAAUUGGAAUGAAUUUAGUUUGUUUUAAAAAACACUGUAACAAAAAAAAACGCUACUUUAUUUGGUUCAAGAAAUGUUCUAAUUAGAUUAUGUACAGUUUGUAAUUUGUAUUGUAAGUGUACACAUUGAGUUGGACCAUACGAGGCCUUGACGAGGCUAAAGUAAAUUGGGAUUAAUUUCAUUUCUUUGAGAAACCAACGAAACAAAAGAAAUGUUACUUUAUUUUUGGUUAUAAAUAGUUAUUUACGAUACAAGUGCGGAAAAGAGGAAAUUCGAAACGAGUGGCGAUAAAUUAAAACACGACCGAAGGAAGUGUUUUAAAUCGACACGAGUUGCGAAUGACCUGUUCGCACGUGUAUCGUACAACGUUUUACAGUACAUAUUGGCCCUUUAAACUUUUGACAUACGCACGAAAAGUGCUAUUUUACGCACUAGUGCGGGAAAAUAGGACCAUAUGUACUGUAAAGGUUUUAAUUAGAUUGAAACGGAGUUUACAUUGUAAUACAGCUCACUAGGCCUUACAAGGUUAAAUCGUAUGAGAAUAUGCAUUUUGUUAAAAAGUGUAACUAUCUAAAUGCCGCUAUGUCAGCUGUCGUUUGGCGCGAUUUUUUUUAGAUUACACAAUUCUACAUUUAAUGUUCAGUUAUUAUUCAUUUAUGUUGAAUGAUCCUUACAGUAUUGUACAUACAAUCAGUAGCAGUUUCUAUGCGAGAACAUUAAUAUGCAGGUCAUUAUAAUACU